AUGUCCAAGCGGCGACGGGACGACGACACUGGAUCGAGUUCUCGGUCAAAGAAACAGAAGCGGGAUCCCUCGUGGGACUCGUCAAAUCCAAGUAGCCGACAAGGACCAACGUCGGCCACGACCGCAAGCGUCUACUCGAUUAGAAAGGUGGGCGCCAACACAGUCCCGUCGCUGCCUACAAUCUGCCUCAAGAGCUUUGUCAACGAUUUGAUACACCAAACAUCUGAAAAGAACAAUGCAAAGACGAUAUUCCGCCUUAAGAGACUGCCUGAGCACCUCCUUUCCAAAGUCUGGUCGCUCCUCGUGAGUUCAUGGCCACAGCACAUUACUCAUGCAUUUAUAAUGGCGGUCUUCCUACGCGGGUCAUCCAUCCACUUUCCGAGCACGUUGACAGGCGUCCGUGCAAACACUAUUCAAGAGCUUUCUCGUAUGCGUGAAUCUCUAGUGGACUUGCGAAUCACUGGGUUUACUUUCAAGGACAAGGUCUUUGCUACAGCACUUGCACGACUGCUAUACUUGCAACAUUUGAACCUCAGAGGCUGCCGGAACGUGUCCUCUCUCACCUGCAAGGUGAUCGCUGGCACUCACAAGGACUUGCUUUACCUCAAUCUGGGCGAGACCAACCCUACCGCUGCCGAUAUCAAAUCAAUCAUCACGAGCUGUGAAGAAAUAGAAGUCCUCAAGCUCUCAAGCCUCGAAGCCGUCACGGACCUUGCGUUGACACGUCUAGCAGACGAAUUACCUAUUGACGAAGCCGACAAUUCGUCCGGACCACUAAGGAGACUACGUUCGCUAAAACUUCGACACACGGCAAUAACUGGUACUACAGUUGCCUCGAUGUUGGGGCGGCUCCCUUUGCUCGAACGGCUGGACGUCUCCUUUGUACCACUCGCCAAUAUUCCUCUAGACAUAACCGCACCGCUGACCAACAUGGUCAAGCUAUCUCUUUCUUCCACGCCAAUCGAAGCGCGCCGUCUACUCCCCGUCCUCGAGCUAAUGCCCAACUUGCAAAUCCUAAACAUUGGCUCCCUGGGAUCGCAUGCACGGACGGCAGCCGGGUUCACCAUUGGUGGAAAACAAUCUACGAGCGUGACUGGAAUGCGUACACUCAACGACGCCACACUAUACGCCAUGACCGACAUUCUUCAGAGAAUGUCCAACCUCGAAAGCAUUUCACUUGCAGGAAAUUCUUAUUUGGGUCUGGGUAAGGAAGGUGCAAUUCGACAUUUCCUUCGCAACGUUGGACGAAGGCUCAAGAGGCUCAACCUGAGUUGGAUCCCCAAUCUACGCUCCGACGACUUGGACGGCCUGAUCCAAGAAGAGGGAGACGCACAGCCUUGCAGCCUGGUGAAGCUUAUUCUAACCGGCUGUAACAUUGACGACCAAGCAGCUGUAAACAUUGCUGCAUGCCCCGAGCUCGCCUUUCUCGACUUGGAGAAUACCAAAAUCUCCGAGGAUGCCUUGUUUGACAUUAUCGAUGCGUGUCCAAAGCUCGAAUGGCUCAAUCUCACCAGCUGUCGGCGGGUCAAUGUACAACAUCGCAGACGCUUCUUUGAGCGUUGGAAGGAAGAGCGCAUUCUCAACAGAGAAGGAGAAGAAAGCUCUUAG